AUGCCGAAGCCUGACUGCCCGACCUUCGAGAAUUACAUGAAGCGGAAACCUGGGCCCCCAUCUGCAGGCUCACGCCAGUUCCCGAGCCUGCGCCCCCCGCCCGAGUGUCGCUCCUUUACGGUCCCGGCCGUGGACGACUAUAUCAAGAAGAUGGAGGAGAAGAUCAAAGACCCGGAUCUAUACCGGCUGUUCCAAAACAGUUUCCCGAAUACCCUGGAUACGAUGGUCAAGUGGCACGGGUAUGCGCAGGACGGGGAGGGGAACGAGACGGCGGAGGAAUUAAGUUAUAUCAUCACGGGAGAUAUAGACGCCAUGUGGCUGCGCGACAGCGCGUCCCAGCUGUAUUCAUACCUGUCGUUCCUCUCGCCGGACAGACCAGAGGGCCGUGAUGAUAUCCAAAGCCUGAAUUCUCUCUGGCGGGGGCUCAUCAACUCGCACGCGCGGUACAUCAUCAUCUCACCGUACUGCCACUCCUUUCAACCGCCACCAGAGUCUGGGAUCCCGCCGACCAAGAACGGUGCGUACAAGCAGAACAACCCGCGGCCGGCAUAUGACCCGAGCAAGGUCUUUGACUGCAAGUGGGAGCUCGACAGCCUCGCAUCGUUCCUGCAGGUGAGCGUGGGCUACUGGGCACACACGCACGACCUGGCCUUCUUCGCCAAGUACAACUGGAUCGAGGCGGUCAAGAAGGCGGUCGACGCCGCUGCGGCCAUGCGACUGGGCACAUACGAUAACGAGGGGCGCGUCCUGCCCAGCGCGUGGACUUUUACAGGCUGGACAAACAGAGGUAGCGAGACGCUCACCAACGAUGGGCUGGGCAACCCGAGCCGCACCAAUGGGAUGGUGAGGACCGCCUUCCGACCCAGCGACGACGCGACCAUCUUUCAGUUCCUGGUGCCCGCCAACAUGAUGUGGGCCAAGUACCUCGAGGAGGCCUCGGUGAUGAUGGAGGAGCUGGCCGAGGGCGCGGCGCACGAUAUAGACCCCAGCAAACAGGAGAUGGCGCGCGGGCUGGUGGCGACCAUGCGAGACUUUGCCUAUGGGAUCCGUCAAGGCAUUGACUCGGAUGCGAUUGUAAACCAUCGCGAGUACGGCGACAUCUUUGCGUAUGAGUGUGAUGGAUUCGGUGGGGUCAACUUGAUGGAUGAUGCGAAUGUGCCGAGCCUGCUGUCCAUGCCGCUGUUCAAGUAUGCCGAGUCGAGGUACCCACUGCCCGAGAGCGCCGCGGAGAAGGACUACGACCAGAUCUACCAGAACACGCGAAAGUUUGUGCUGUCCCUGGACAAUCCAUACUAUGCCAAGGGCCCCGCCAUCUCGGCGGUGGGCGGGCCGCACCUGGGCCCAGGCAAGGCGUGGCCGAUGGCGGCGCUGGUGGCGGGAAUGAGCGCGUUCGACAAGGAGGCGGGCUACGACCACGUCGCGGGCCAGCUGGAGAUGGUGCUCAACUCGACGAGUGGGUGGGGCAUUGUCCACGAGAGCGUCAACAGCUGGAGGGGGGAGGCGUUCUCCAGGGCUUGGUUCGGAUGGGCCAACGGGCUGAUGGGGGAGCUGGUGCUGCGGAUCGAGAAGUGGGAGUCGGGCGAUGCCAAGACGAAGGGGUUGCUUGGGAGGAGCUGGCAGUGA